UGUUAAAGAGACAGGGCCCCGGUGCGGGUGUUUCACCCGGCUGGGCGCUGCGGCCGGCCGUAGUGGCCCUGGGCGUGCGGCCGGCGCCCGUGACAGCAGCGUCGCGGAGCCGGCUACCCCGACCUGGGGCCGCUGCAGAUCUUGGUGGCAGAGCCGUAUCAUCUGGUGGGAUGGGAGGCGAAGCGGGAGCCGAUGGUCCCCGGGGCCGUGUCAAGAGCUUGGGGCUAGUGUUCGAAGAUGAGAGCAAGGGGUGCUACUCAAGUGGCGAGACAGUGGCCGGGCACGUGCUGCUGGAGGCGGCAGAGCCGGUGGCCCUUCGCGGGCUGCGCCUGGAGGCCCAGGGCCGUGCCACCUCUGCCUGGGGCCCGAGCGCUGGAGCCAGGGUCUGCAUCGGUGGCGCCUCUCCAGCAGCCUCGUCAGAGGUGGAAUACUUGAACCUGCGCUUGAGUCUGCUGGAGGCUCCAGCUGGUGAAGGUAUCACCUUAUUACAACCAGGAAAACACGAGUUUCCCUUUCGCUUUCAACUUCCAUCUGAACCUUUGGCAACGUCAUUUACUGGGAAGUAUGGCAGUAUUCAGUACUGUGUGAGGGCUGUUUUGGAACGACCCCAAGUUCCAGAUCAGAGCGUAAGAAGAGAGCUCCAGGUUGUCAGUCACGUGGAUGUCAACACACCACCCUUAUUGACUCCUAUACUGAAGACGCAGGAGAAAAUGGUUGGCUGUUGGCUUUUCACUUCCGGUCCCGUGUCACUGAGCGUCAAGAUUGAGAGAAAGGGCUACUGUAACGGAGAAGCUAUCCCUAUCUAUGCAGAAAUAGAAAAUUGUUCAUCCCGACUGGUUGUUCCUAAGGCAGCCAUAUUCCAAACCCAAACGUAUUUGGCUAGUGGGAAGACAAAGACUGUCCGGAACAUGGUUGCCAACGUCCGGGGAAACCACAUUGGUUCUGGGAGUACGGACACAUGGAAUGGGAAGAUGCUGAAGAUUCCACCUGUCACUCCAUCCAUCCUGGAUUGCUGCAUUAUCAGAGUGGACUACUCCUUAGCUGUAUACAUUCACAUUCCUGGUGCUAAAAAAUUGAUGCUGGAGCUGCCUUUGGUUAUUGGUACAAUUCCAUACAGUGACUUUGGCCGCAGAAACAGCAGUAUGGCAAGCCAAUUCAGUAUGGACAUGUGCUGGUUGGCGCUGGCCCUACCGGAGCAGCCUGAAGCACCACCAAACUAUGCAGAUGUGGUAUCUGAAGAAGAAUUCUCUCGACAUGUUCCUCCGUAUCCUCAGCCCUCUGACUGUGAGGGGGAAGCCUGCUACUCUAUGUUUGCCUGCAUACAAGAAUUCCGUUUCCAGCCUCCGCCUCUUUACUCAGAGGUUGAUCCACAUCCUGGUGAUGCCCAAGAGACCCAGCCUGUAUCCUUCAUUCUCUGAACAGACUCCAGACUUCACUGUGCUGUUACCAACUUAGAAUAUUGGUUCUUUUGCCUGCCUUGUUGGAUGAGAGAGAAAGUUAACUUCAGAACGUUGGUGAACUUCAAGCCUGAAGAUGACAGAAAUGAAAGCAUAUGUGAACUUUUAGUGGUCCAGGGGGAUGGUUACGCAGUUUCUAAGGUGGGCUCACUUGUCCCCUUUAAAAGUGGAUGAAAAUAUGAAUUGAAAAACAGGAAGUCCUGGUGGUAGGAGAGGAUGUGACAGAAUGCCCGGACUGUUGAAGAGAGGAGUCUUAAGGAAUUAGGAUGUUACUGGAGUGUGCUCUGACCAGGGUUCACACACUGUUAUGAACUUACAGACUUGGUAGGAAGACAUGGAUAAAGGGAACAAGACAGCUUUGAAGUGACUGUGAAUGAGUGAAUGGUCUACUUUCAAUGCAAUUGAGGUCCCCAGGUUUUGGAGUCUCCAUGAUUUCUUACCAUGUUACCAUAGCAAGGAUCCAGGUCCUUGAAAGUAUCCUGUCUGAGGUCAGUGGUCAUGUGACAUCCUGAUGGAAAUGACAGUGGCUCCAGUCUUUGGUGAGGAGGCUAAAACGUACCUUGAAAAUUGGCUAUACAGUAGUAGAAAAACCUAGAAGGGAUUCCUUAAAAGCUUGCCAUAUCAAAAGGAAAAAAGGAGUUGUUCAUGAAAGUGUGUGUUGUAAAAGCCUGUACUUCUUACACUUUUAAGAACUGCUUGCAGGGCGUAUAUUUGAUUUUCCUCAUUCCUUAUUUAGGGACUAUUAGAAAAAGGAGGAGUGACAUCUUUGGGAUACCUGAUACCUACACAGAACAGAGUGUUCUCGUAUCCUACCUCUAGUGGCUUUGUCAGACCUGCUCUCAGAAGUCCAGGCCUGACUGACCUCUGGGGUUUCUGCUCUAUGCAGUUAGCAGACGCCUCUCCAUCUGUCACUUGACCUGAAAACUAGACCAAGGGAAAAGUCCAUGAGCUCAGCAUUAAAUAGAAAUAAACACCUAAGAUUUCAAGAAAUCCCAAAUCAGAAGAGGACAGGAGUGUGCCUAAACUUGGUUCCUGUGAAGAGGCCUCAGUGGGCGGAUGGCAGCUUUUGGGUAGUACGCUCGUAUUCCAGUUUGUUAGUAAUUCCAUUUAUACUGUGAUUUUUUUUUUCUUUAAAAAAAUUGUUUUGGUGCAAUAUUUUGUUGUCUUUGAGCCUCAGGAUAUUCAGACCUACAGGGCUGUGUUGCUGCUGGCAGGGUCAGCCAUGUCAGCCUCUUCCCUCUGUUCACAGUCACAUGCUCAAAUGUUUUGCCUCCAGUCUGUUGAUCCCAUGAACUGAGAACAUUUCUGACACCAGGCGGGAGGGAGACUCUCACAGUUGAGAUCUGGACAAGCCAAAUCCUACGGGUUUGAUUUAGAAACCCAGGUGCUUCCCAGGCAGAAUGGCAUGCCACACCCAUCAUGGCGAUGGAAUUACCUUUCAAUCACCAUGUUCCCUUAGAGAUAUUCUUCUAGGGUGAAAUUUUAUAUCAAAAGUCAGUGGGCCAUUUUGUUCAGGGAUUUUUGUACCAAUGUUCAGUAAAUGUGUACUUCUCCCCUCUGAUCAUACCUCUCCUGUGAUCAUCUUACACGUGUAUUUCACUGUAUGCCGUUGUCGAAAAUGCCAAAUGGUAUUGCCAGUACUUGUGAUGUGGGAAUCACCACAAAAACCUUAUUUCUUGUUUUGGUUUUUAGAGAUUUCUUUCUUUCUUUUCUGUUGUGUGUCUGUAAACAGUUACGAUUGCUCACAUUCCAUCUAAAUUGCUUUUAUUUAUUUUUUAUUAUUUUUUAUUUUUUUGCUAUGGAAAAGAUGGUGAGCUGUCUUUUGGCUGUUAGCCUGUAGUUUACGAGCUAUGUCAAGUCAUGGUCCAUCCAUGAAACCAAAAACGAAGGGAAAGAAAGCAACGGUACGGAGUGGACAGAGAGAAAAUGGAGCAGCUUGGCUCCCUGUAGAUAAGCCGUGGCAGUCAGGUUGGUUAGAGAAAUCAUGAAGUCCCCCACAAAACAGAAGCACAGCUAACAAUGGCAUUGAAGAGUGCAAAGAAAUCACUUUAUACCUAUCUGUCUGGCCUGAAGCUUAUACCCAGGAUGACAGGAAUGUAGAAAACUGCAUCUGAAACCCUGUGAAUGAAGAUCAGACUUUUAGCUGCUAACACUUGCCUGUUUAGUCCCUUCUUGCUCUCAUUUAGUUUGGGAAAAAACAAAAAGUGCCCUUAGGAUUUUCUUUGGGAUGCACAAAGCCUGAGAUUCAGAGUGUGCAUCUUCUGGUGCACACAGUUUCUUCCCUUCCCCCCCCCCCCCCGGGGCAGAACUUUACUUCCUGUGUCUUUGUUUUGCACAAUAAGAAACUCAGUAGGCAAAGGUUGUGUUUUUUGGUAAGUUCACUCGCUUUUUAAAAUUUUUAUUAAAAAUGUAAUAAUUUAACCAAGGGGAAAAUAAAGAUUGUAUUUUGUACUCUUCUUUGAACCCCAUGGGUUCCUUUUUUGUUAAUAAAAUGGUUAUACUAAUGA